AUGGAAAAAUUGGCUUUCGCCUUGGUUAUAGCAUCCAGGAAGCUCCGACCCUACUUCCAAGCUCAUACUAUCAGGGUGUUGACUGAAUACCCUCUAAAGAAAGUACUAAGAAAGCUAGAUCUUUCGGGAAGAUUAGCCAAUUGGGCUAUUGAACUAGGAGAAUUCGACAUCGAGUUUCUCCCUCGGAAUUCUCUCAAGGGCCAGGCACUGGCUGAUUUUCCGGCAGAAUUCACUAAUUUGCCAGACAUCACCAGCUGGCCAAGUAAUGAGACUUGGGUAAUCUACGUAGAUGGAUCAUCUACAAAGAAGCAUGGUGGAGCUGAAAUAGUAAUGAUUACUCCCGAUGGGGAAGAAUUAUGUAGUUCAUUGAAGUUGAAGUUCAAGACCACAAAUAACGAGGCCGAGUACAAGGCAGUUUUGGCAGGACUCGGUUUAGCUCUUGAAAUAGGAGCCGAAUUUGUAGAAAUACGGAGUGACUCCCAAGUCGUUGUAGGACACAUUCGAGGGGAAUUUGAAGCCAAGGGAGACAAGAUGAAGUUGUACUUAUCUAAGGUGCAGGAUUUGCAAGCUUUAUUUAAGAAGUUUAGCAUUGUGAAAAUUUCGAGACCAGAGAAUGAAAAAGCAGACCAGUUGGCCCGAAUUGCCUCAACAGCCAGUAAAGAAAUUGAAUCCGAGACUCCUAUCCAAAUUCUUCCACAAUCAUCAGUUACCGAGGCGGUGUCGGUCUCGACAGCCGAGAUCAUACCUAAUUGGCAACUAGAAAUCAUGGAAUACCUGGAAAGAGGAGUACUUCCUUCAGAUAGAAAGCUUGCUACCCGGUUGAAGGUGAGAGCCGAAAGGUUUACAAUGAUAAAUGGAGUCCUUUACAAAAGGGGUUUCACGUUGCCACUCUUAAAAUGUGUUUCAAAGGAUGAAGGAGAUUAUAUCCUUAGAGAGAUCCAUGAAGGGGUCUGUGGAAGCCAUUCUGGGGCCAGAAUAUUGGCGCAUAAAGCAGUCCGAGCAGAUAUAGUAGGACCACUGCCUCGGAGCAGGGGAGGUGUGCGGUUUGCAGUUGUUGCUGUAGAUUAUUUCACUAAGUGGGCAGAGGUUGAAGCCUUAGUAAAUAUCACAGCCAAAACAAUAGAACGAUUCUUAUGGAAGAACAUCAUAUGUCGGUAUGGCAUUCCCCAUGCUUUUAUCACGGAUAAUGGCAAGCAAUUUGACUGCGACUCAUUCCGAGCUUGGUGUGCCCAGCUGCGAAUAAGGAACUAUUACUCGUCUCCAGGGCACCCCCAAGCAAAUGGGCAGGCAGAAGAUCUGCCAGAAGUAUUGUGCGCAUACCGAACGACCAAGAGAAUUCCAAACGAAGAGACACCAUAUGCCUUAGCAUUCGGAACUGAGGCAGUCAUUCCAGCCGAGGUAGGUUCAGGUAGUUAUCGCGUAGAGACCUUCCAAUCCGAGACUAAUAACGAGGGGUUACAACUGCACUUGGAUUUCCUACAAGAGAAGUGGGAUCAAGCUCAAGUGGCUAUGGCAGCGUAUCAGGCAAGAGUGACUCGUUAUUUGAACAAAAAGGUCAAGCCUCGGAGCUUCAAAGUUGGAGAUAUGGUUCUACGUAAAGCUACUUUGGCAACCAAGGACCCGGCUGAGGGAAAGCUAGCUCCUAAUUGGGAAGGAUAUAGGGUGAUUGAGUGCAAAAGAGCAGGAGCGUACCACUUGGAAGAUUCCAAAGGUAAGGCUCUUUCGAGGCCUUGGAAUGCUGAGCACCUUAAAAAGUACUAUGUCUAA